GAUCCGAUCCAGCCUGAUGACCCGGUGUUCGUGAUCCAGCCUGAUGACCCGAUCCAGCCUGAUGACUCGGUGCGGCCUGUUGCCUCGGUGCCCGUGGUCCGGCCUGGUGCCUCGGUGCCUGUGGUCCGGCCUGGUGUCUCAGUGCCCGCUGUUCUGCCAGAUGACUCGGUGCCCGCUGUUCUGCCAGAUGACUCGGUGCCCGCUGUCUGCCAGAUGACUCGGUGCCCGCUGUCGAGCUUGGUGACUCGGUGCCCGCUGUCGUGCCAGAUGACUCGGUGCCCGCUGUCGUGCCAGAUGACUCGGUACCCGCUGUCGUGCCAGAUGACUCGGUGCCCGCUGUCGAGCUUGAUGACUCGGUGCCCGCUGUCGUGCCAGAUGACUCGGUGCCCGCUGUCGUGCCAGAUGACUUGGUGCCAGCUGUGACUUGGUGCCCGCUGUCGUGCCAGAUGACCCAGUGCCCCUGUCGUGCCAGAUUCGGUGCCAGCUGUCGUGCCAGAUGACUCGGUGCCCCCGCUGUGACCCAGUGCCAGAUGACUCGGUGCCCGCUGUCGUGCCAGAUGACUCGGUGCCCGCUGUCGAGCUUGGUGACCCAGUGCCGUUUCAGAUGACUCGGUGCCCGGGUGCCAGGUGACUCGACUUGGUGACUCUGUGCCCGUGUCAGUUUGAUGACUCGGUGCCCGCUGUGACCCAGUGCCCAGAUGCUUGCAGAUGCUCCGCUGUCGUGCCAGAUGACUCGUGUG